UACUCUGAAGCAUGCAUGCAUGAAUGAAGACAGCAUGAAGAAGUUACAAGGUGACUGUGUCUCUUGGCUGGUCCUUUUGACUGGAUUUGCUCAGCUCCUACUAGUGUGUGGAAAGGAGACAGUGACCUCCUGUUCUGACCUCACUCUCACCAAUGGAAACAUUACCUACAAUGGUGGAUCCCCUAACAACAGAUCUAUCUUCUCUGGAGCUACCUAUUCCUGUAACCCUGGCUACACCCUCUAUGGAAACACCACCACCAGGAAUUGUAAGAGUGGUGGAAGCUGGGAUGGGUCAGCUCCAGUAUGUCAGCCUCUCUGUGAUGACAUCACUCUCACCAAUGGAAAUGUGACCUAUGACCCAACCUCUUCUCCAAGACUGGAAAGAACUACGGCCACUCACAACUGUAAUAGUGGUUAUGUUCUUUUAGGUGAACGUAAGAGAAUGUGUCAGUCAAACAGAACGUGGAGUGGAGAAAUUGUUACUUGCAAUGUUAUUGUCUGUCCACCUCUUGCUGACUCUCCCUAUGAGCCAAUAUCCUACUCUCCAAAAACUUCCCCAUACUUAAUUGGAACACAAGCAAUGUACAUGGUUACAUGCCCUCCUGGACAGGAGAGGAGAGGAGGAAAUGAUGUGAGGAUUUGUGUGCGUGAUGGACGUAGUACUGUGGGGGUGUGGACUGGAACUGCUCCCAUCUGUGCAGACAUUGAUGAAUGCUCUGGUGCUCAUGGCUGUGAUCAGAUCUGCACCAACACUUCUGGAUCAUACACCUGUGACUGCAACUCUGGAUAUCGACUUGCUACUGAUGGAAGAGGAUGUGAUGAUAUUGAUGAGUGUGCUGGACCCAACAUCUGCCAGCUGCAAGUGUGUACCAACACUGAGGGAUCAUUCACCUGUGGAUGUGAGGCAGGAUAUGUGCUAGACAGUGACAGUCCAACAUGUUCUGAAAUCACCUGCUCUGCUCUCCCUGAUAUUGAGAAUGGGGUGAUUGCCUACUCCAGUGACACAACUGAGCCUUAUGACUAUGGAACAACAGCUACUUAUGAGUGUGAUACUGGGUAUGAGCUAACAAGUGGGGACAAAAAGAGUAACUGCACUAAAUCUGGUGUGAAUUCAGAAGGCAUUUGGAAUGGAACCAUACCUACCUGUUCAGCUGUUUCCUGUAGCUCUCCUCCCACUGUUAUGAAUGUCUCUCCUGGAACACCCACCCCUGGCACAGCUCUCGGAGGGACAGUGACCUACACAUGUGACAGUGGGUAUGAAUUCUCCAAUGGAGUCACCACAGCAACAGUUACCUGUAUGGCUGACAGGACUUGGGGACCUCUACCAACUUGUCAACUUGUGGAUUGUGGCCCCCCUCCCUCUGGUAUCAACGCAUCUCCUGGAGCACCAACCAACACAACCUACCAAGGGACAGUGACCUACACCUGUGACAGUGGGUAUGAGGUCUCCAAUGAAGUCACCACAACAACAGCUACCUGUAUGGAUAGUGGGAUGUGGGAGACUGAACCAACUUGUCAACGUGUUACUUGUGGUAAUCCUCCCUCUGGCACCAAUGCAUCUCCUGGAACACCCAAUCCUGACAUAUUGUACCAAGGGACAGUGACGUACACCUGUAAAACCGGAUACUGGAUCUCUCCAGGAGUCACCACAGCAACAACUACCUGUAUGACUAAUGGGAUCUGGGAGCCUCUACCAACUUGUACAAUUGUGGACUGUGGUGAACUUCCCACUGUUAUCAAUGGAUCUCCUGGAUCACUAACCAGAACAACAUUUGGAGGGACAGUGUUGUACACAUGUAACGAUAAAUAUCACAUGUCAGGAUCAGCCACUGUGAUUUGUGAGGCUAGUGGGAGUUGGAGCACGAGACCAACUUGCUCAGCCAUAUGCAAAGACCUUCACCAAAUUGUGAAUGGCGACAUCAUCUUCAAUCCUGACACCACACCGAGAGCAGAAGGGGCCACUGCUGUGUACUCGUGUGUGUCUGGUUACAAGCUGUCUGGUGUGAACAUUAGGACCUGCGUGAACGGUACAAGUGGAAUGGGAGUGUGGACUGGAUCAAUACCAAGUUGCAGAGCAAUCUGUGAUAAUAUCACCCUCACCCAUGGAGUGAUCAGCUAUAGUCCAUCUACUACUCCCAGACUGGAGGGUACUGUGGCUACACACAGCUGUGAUGAGGGGCACGGACUGUCUCCUAGCGUGAGAAUUAGAACAUGUCAGCCUGACAAGACAUGGAGUGGAGAAGACAUCCUUUGCCAAACUAUUAUGUGUCCACCUCUCACUCAUCCCCAUGGCUCGGUAAUCCAUUUUUCUCCUGGACCACUUUACCCCUUUGGAACACAAGCACGAUACUUGAUGUUAUUCUGUCCUUUGGGUAUGGAGGAAAGAGGAGGAAAUUAUUUAAGGACUUGUACUGGCGAUGGUCGUAGUACUGUGGGGGUGUGGAGUGGAGCUGCUCCUGUUUGUGCAGAUCAACCACUCUUUCUGUCACUUCAAGGAUUAUCGUACUCUACCAACAAGAGUAACCUUCUAGUGACCAUAAUUGCAGCCACAAAUGACUCUGCCUUGACCUGUCACACCAACUCAACAAUCUGUUGCAGGGAUAGGGACAACCCACGAGAAGGUUCAGGAGAAUGGUUGUUUCCUAAUGGAACAAUGAUCACCGAGAACAGUGUCACUGGUAGUGGGUUUUAUUGGAUCAGAUACCAUCAAGUUGUCAGACUCUAUCGUCAAGGUGAUAUCAAGGCUCCACUAGGAACCUACUGUUGUAGAAUACCUGAUGGCCAUGGUGAUGUAGUGAGUGUUUGUGCUAAUCUUACAGCCAACAACAUUCGAUGUCCCUCUGACUCGGUAGUGGCUCCCAUUAACGGGAUGGUCUCAUACUCUAGUCCAGUGGAAAAGGGCAGUUAUGUUUUUGGAACUGUGGCCACCUUUUCCUGCUCACCUGGUUUUGGUCUUGAUGGUACCUCAACUAGAACUUGUGAUACUGAACAGGGAACAUUUAGUGGCACAACCCCAUCUUGUAUAGAACCAAGUUCCAAUGGCAGUGUUGGAGGGAUAGUUGCUGCGAUUGUCAUUUUGGUGGUUGCUCUACUGAUUAUUGGAGCAGUUAUUCUCAUUCUUGUCAGGGCUCGUAGAUCUGGUAAGCACACUUUCUCUAGCUUUGCGUUUGGUGGAGGGAGGGUCACGCGUAAAUCUCUCUUCACUGUGAAAGUUGACCCCCUGACCUCAUUGGACAUACCCCUGGAUGACCACAUUGACACCUUGACCCCUGAUGCAAAUAUGUAUGUUGGCGUGACCACCUCCUCCUUCAGUAAGGAAGGAGGCAGAGAUAAUACACAAGUAUCUGGAAUUAGUCAGAACAGUUCAUUUUACACGACUGACUUCCCUGCUCAUGUGGACACGAUGCACGAGGACACAGACAAGCUCUUCGAGACUGAGUACACGUCCAUCAGCAAGGAGCCCCAAUCUCCCAACAAUGAGUCAAAGCUGCCCCAGAACACAACCAAGAACAGAUUCGGAAAUGUAUUUCCUUAUGAUUUCAACCGUGUUAAGUUGAAGCCUGUGAAGGACAUCAUAGGAUCAGACUACAUCAAUGCCAGCUACGUUUACGGCUAUAUGGCUAACACCAAAUACAUUGCUACUCAAGGUCCAUUGCCUGAUACGCUGGAAGAUUUCUGGAAGAUGAUUUUCGAGAAUAAAUUGCAAACGAUUGUUAUGCUCACAAGAUGUUUUGAGGACAGGAAAAAGUGUGAGUGUUAUUGGCCCCUGAAGGACGACCAACCUCUUGAGAUGGGCUGUGGUAUCGUGGUCUCUCUGACCAGUAUGGUGGCCUUCCCUGACUUCACUGUCAGGAAAAUGAAAGUCAAUCAACCCAUCCUCGGCUCGUCCCCUGUGCUUGAGGUGACCCUGUUCCACUACACCUCCUGGCCAGACCACGGUGUCCCCUCCAGUGGCAUGUCCCUCAUCUACUUCACCCGUGCUGUUCGUAAGACACACCCCCAGGAUGAUCCCCGCCCACUCCUCGUACACUGCAGCGCUGGUGUCGGACGCACGGGAACGUUCAUUGUCUUGGAUACGAUGUUGGAUCGUAUGGAGAAGGACGGGAUGAUACAUAUCUACGAUUGUGUUACUCAUAUUCGGAAACAGAGGGUGCUCCUCGUACAGACUCUGUCCCAGUACAUCUUCCUGCAUGAUGCCCUCAGGGAGCUUAUAGUGUGUGGGGAGACAGAGAUACCAGCACAUGCUCUCAUGACAACUGUCAACCAGCUCAAAGAACCAGCUGCUGCUGAUGAGAACACACCCACUGGCUUCCAGCGACAGUUCAAGGUUUUGAGUGAGUUUUCUGGGCUUGACGGGACAGAGGACUACUACAGCUCUCAGAAUGAGGAGAAUGAAGACAAGAACAGAUACUCUCAGAUUCUGCCAAAUGAGAUGCACAGAGUCCAGCUUCAGUUCUCACCUUCUGGUUCUAACUACAUCAAUGCCAGCUACAUUCAUGGCUACCAACAGAGGCGAGGGUACAUAGCCACUCAAGGUCCCCUGGAGCACACCACUGGAGACUUGUGGAGGAUGGUGGUGGAGAACGAGUGCAGCUGUAUCGUCAUGCUCUGUGCCCUCAGCGAGGAGGAGCAGGAGGUGUGCCAUCGCUACUGGCCCAAGUUCCAAGGAGAAGCAGGCACUUAUGGUGACUUCACUGUCACUCAGCAGACAUUCGACGCUUAUGGGAACUACGUUGUCAGGAAGCUAUCUGUUGCUAUGGCAGCCUCCGAUGCGCCCCCCUGUGUGGUGACACAGUUCCACAUCACCCGCUGGACCGAGAAGGACCCCCCACAGAAUCCUGCCGCUUUACUGGACGUUGUGCAGGAGGUGAACGCUGUUCAGAUGGCCUCGGGCAACAAGCCCAUUAUCGUCAUGUGCAACAAUGGCAUUGGUCGCACUGGAGUGUUCAUCACCCUGCAUGCUCAACUGGAGCGACUCAAGAUUGAGGGCGUGGUCGAUGUGUUCCAGUUUAUCAAGUUUGCUCGCAAACAGAGGGAGGGGCUCGUUAGCUGUCCUGAGAUGUAUGCUUUCUGUCACGAGGCACUGGCUGACUAUGUGGACAGUUUUGAAACUUAUGCCAACUUCAAAGAACUGGUUUAAUUAUAACAGUAACUAUCAAUUAAUUUUUUAGAUUUAGAUUUAUAUGUAGUUCAUUAUAGUGGCUAUACCUUGGUAUAAAAAGUCACAAUUCAUGAAUAUAAUUAAGCCUCUAUAAUGACAUCA